UGGGCCCGCUCCCGCACUCCGGCCUCGGCACUCCCACAGCCGCCGCCCCCCACCCGGAACAUGGACUCCGACUCCUGCGCCGCCGCCUUCCACCCGGAGGAGUACUCCCCCACUUGUAAGAGGCGCCGGACUGUGGAAGACUUCAACAAAUUCUGCACCUUCGUCCUGGCCUAUGCGGGCUACAUCCCCUAUCCAAAGGAGGAACUCCCCCUGAGGGGCAGCCCCAGCCCGGCCAACAGCACCGCGGGGACCGUUGACAGUGACGGCUGGGACGCUGGUUUCUCUGAUAUCACAUCUUCAGUGCCCGACCGAUGCUUCAGCCACCUGCAGCCUUCCCUCUUGCAGAGAGCUAAGCCUAGUGACUUCCUGCUGGACAGGAAGAAAACUGACAAGCUGAAGAAGAAGAAGAAGAGGAAGCGCAGGGACAGUGACAUGCCUGUGAAGGAGGGGUUCAGGGGGAGCCUGCUGAAGCUGGAAGGUGCAGACCCAUAUGUGGAGACCCCCUCAAGUCCCACCAUGCAGGAUAUCCCCCAAGCGUCUGCUGACCCCUGCUCAGGCUGGGAUUCUGACACUCCCUCAAGUGGCUCUUGUGCUACUGUGUCACCUGAUCAGGUCACAGAAAUAAAAACUGAAGGAAAACGGACUAUUGUCCGCCAGGGAAAGCAGGUGGUGUUCCGAGACGAAGACAGCACUGGCAAUGAUGAAGACAUCAUGGUGGACUCAGAUGAUGACUCCUGGGAUCUUGUCACCUGUUUCUGCAUGAAGCCCUUUGCCGGCCGCCCCAUGAUCGAGUGUAACGAAUGCCACACCUGGAUCCACCUGUCCUGCGCCAAGAUCCGCAAGUCCAACGUUCCUGAAGUGUUUGUCUGCCAGAAGUGCCGGGACUCCAAGUUCGAUAUCCGUCGUUCCAACCGGUCCCGAAUGGGCUCCCGGAAGCUGUUUCUGGACUGAUGGAGAGCUGUCGAGGAGAUAGGCGGGACUGGAAGGGCCUGGGCUCUGGCCUCCCUUAGUUGAGCACAGAACUCCCAGCUCUGGUGUGGGCAGACCCUGCCACUCAGGUGCCUAAGCAAAGGACAAGCCGUCCGAUAAAACUGUACAUAGCUCGUGAGCAGAUAAAACGGUCAGAGCUGCUGCUCCAGCUGUGUCCUCUGCAUAGGAGGCAGACUGAGCACCAGGUCUGCUUCUGUUAACAGCGAGGGCGCACAGUCAGUGUUAGCCAGUUCCUGCCAUUGGGAGCCGGUGCUAGCCGUCAGUCCUGUCUCCUCUGUGCUCGGGAGUGGAAGUGUUGUGUUUCCCUGGCUGUGUUUAUUCUCAGUGUUGCUCUUUUAUCACAAGUGUCUAUACAGCAGCCGUCCAAGUUGCCCGCCCCUUUGUGGUCUCACUUCCCUGCCUCAGUUGUACUUACUGAGUCAGGGAGCUGUUUUCUGAGAGGUCUGGUGUCCCCAAGAGGAGCCCUGGGUGGGGGGUGAGCAGUGGUUCUUCGGUUUUCACUGUUUAAAGGGACUGUGUGUAGCUACUCUUCCACAGAGCAAGGGUUGGGGUGGAGGUGUUCUGUGUUCAUAACUCAGUUUCUUGCUUUGCACGAUGUAAAAAACAAAAAGCAUUUUUUUCACAUGAUACAGCCCAGAGUAUUGACCACUGUCCUACUGGGUUCCCCACCUCUGCUGGUGGUCGGUCCCCAGGGUGCCCAGCACUGCAGUGGGAGCACGUUGCUGUUCAGAUAAUGGUGAAAAGACUCAGAGCACUCUGCCUUCCGUCCAGGCUGGCCUGCUGGGUCUGUGUCAGUGCUGUAAGGGCAGCUUGCAGAGUUUAAAGGUGUGAACCAGAGCCCUGGUCUGGGAGGGAUGGCUCGGCUCCUGGACACUGGUGGUCCUGGGGUGGGGGAGGAGGAGGGCGUUGGCUCUCACUCUAGCAUUUGCACUGUUCUUUCUGGGCAGUGGUUGCCAGAGCAGUGGGUGUGUCUCAUACCCAUGUAUCACACAUGGUCUUCAUUAGGCAUGAAACAGCAGGGGCCAGGUGUGUAACCGUUCUUCCCCUCCUGGAGCACCGUGGCAGGGUCCCUAGCAUUCUCCCAUGUCAUCCUAAGCACCACAGGAGCCUAGACUGGAGACUGUAAUUUGGCUAAUCAGAGCUUUUUUUUCUUUCCUUUUUUUUCUUUUUCUUCUUGGUCUUAGCAUCUUUCCCACUUACCCCAGUUUAACUUUUUUUUUUUUUAAACUCGUGUUGCUCAUAUUCAAGUACAGAGAAGUACUGCUGAGCUCUGGUUGUGCAGACCUCAAGGGAGAGCUCUGCUAAAGAGAAGCUACACAGAAAACAGUCUUGUCCCCAGGCUAUUGUGUGGCUCUGACUAGGGCAAGAACCCGGACAAGUUAGAGGAAUUUGCCAAAGACCUGCCCCAUGACAGUUCUUGUCUAGUGUCUUCACCCUGAGAAUAACCAAAGUUCCAGUAGCUUUUUUUUUUUUAAGUGCAUUUAAGAUUCUGUGUGGUUUUGUUGUGGAACUGUGGAGCUGGCCAUUAUUACAUGUGCUCAGAGAUUCAAUACCUCUGGACUACAUUUGACAUCUCAGUUUCUGUUUGCUUGCUUUAUGUUUUAAGGGGAUCUUUGUGUGUGGGUGGUGUCAGAAGUCAGGCACCUUGGUUUGGGGGAAGGUUGAGCUGGGCAGCUGCAUUCAGCUUGUUUAUGCAAACUGGGCAUGACCCUCUAGGGCUCCUGGUUGAUGGCUGACGAUGGGAGGGAAAGGGGUCGUUCCCAAGUGGACCCUUCCCGUUGGCUUUGGCCAGGCCAGACACAACAUCGUUUACAUGUUCUGUGUAAUUAUAAAGUUUAUGUGUAUAAAGCAAGCUGUUUCUGUGAAACUGUAUAUUUUGUAAAUAAAGAUAUUGCUACUUUGA